UCAGUAUUCAUCAGACUCUGUUGUAUUUCGUUUCGAAUGUCUUGAUUAAUAGGUAAUUAUAAUUCUUCAAUUUCCUAAUCUUUUGCAACAGUCGAAAUUACGAAACGCGAGUCAGAGGAUCGACCGGAGCUGCGGACAUUUGUGCGAUAGUCGUCCAAUUAUUGUCGAGAUCACCGAAAAUCGUCGCACUAACGUCAGUGUGUCGUCAGGCAGUUAAACAAUUCCGACCGUCGACGUCCCGCCCUUGACCAGUUGCAUACCUACGUCGUCCAUUAUACCUCAUCAGCGACCCGGCUCAUAGAUCUAAAAUUCCCGCACUGAAAUUGGUUCCAUUAACUCUUGCAGGCACAAUGGCAGACAACAAAGGACAGAGCACAAAAAAGCCGACCGACUCCCAGAAGAAACUCCAAGAGUCUCAAGCUCAGGUUGAUGAGGUCGUUGGAAUUAUGAGAGUCAACGUGGAAAAGGUGUUAGAACGAGAUCAAAAACUAUCAGAGUUAGACAAUCGUGCAGAUGUCUUGCAACAAGGUGCAUCUCAAUUUGAGCAACAUGCUACAAAACUUAAAAGGAAGAUGUGGUGGAAAAAUUUAAAGAUGAUGAUUCUUUUGGGAGUUAUUGUGGCAGUACUUUUGAUUCUAAUUGUCGGGUCAUUCUUUGGUUCUAAUUAAGUAAUGCUGUUUAUGAACAGAAAAAAGCGGAAUUGUCAUUUUACAUCCUGGAAGCAUUAACUUAACAUUAUUAUUAUUAUAAAUAUAAAUUGUGAUAAAUAAUAAAA